CAGUGGCGCACGCCCCGCCGUCCGAGCUGCAUCCGUUGCGUUGCCGGCCCACGCCGUGGACGCCGUGUUCGAGGCAGUGUAGCGCAGUGUAGCGAGGGGAAGCACCCAGUGCAGGCUGGCGCACUUGGCGACGUCGGCGCGGACCAACUCAGCCGGCCCAGCAGCGGGCCGAAGCUAGCCGCAGCCCUCCAGCGGGGACGGGACAGGCCCCCAGGACUACCCAGGACUACCCAGGACCAUCCUGUCCGGGGCUCGGUGCUCGGCGAGCUGGACUUGUGCCCGGCCGGCAGAGGAUGUGCUUUGACAGAUAACCGCAAGGCGAGCAGCCGCCUGCCGCCCGCCCCGCCGCCACCCAUUGUAUAACUGUCAACUUUGACCCAUAGACAAACAAGCGUGCCAGCAGCACGGUGCCAGUUUGGGCGAGACAGGCCCCGGGACUAUGUGGCGUGCUAGUGCUAGCGCGCCCAGCCAGGCUCAGUGCGCAGGGGUGAAUUUUUGAGUGUCGUCUGAACCUGUGUCGCCGCAGCGUCGGGGCAGCCUAGCCUCCAACAUGGCCUCGUCGUGGUGCGGCCUGCCCCUGGCGCUGCUGCUGGUGCUGCUGGCCUCGUCCGCGGCGGCCGAGUCGCUCUUCCAGGAUGGCGUCGAGUCCACGUUCCGGUGGGACGCGGCCAUCGCCACGGGCACCAAGCUGCCCGUGCACGUGCUCAGCCAGUGGCUGGUGUCGGGCACACUGCGCGUGCAGGGCAGCCCGCACGACAGCGCGCUCAUCCAGGUGGCCGACGUGACCACGUCGCUGUGGAACGGCGAGGUGGGCGCGCUGCCGCCCGUCGCCGACCCCGUGCACGUCCGGGACAGCCCCCUGCUGGGCGCCUUCCGCGCCAGCUACGCGGGCGGCAGGGUGACCAGCGUGGAGCUGCUGGACGAGGAGCCGCUCUGGGCGCACAACAUGAAGCGCGCCAUCGCCAGCAUGCUGCAGGUGGACCUGCAGGCCGCCAGGAACGCCGCGCAGCCCGUCGCGGAGGUCAACGAGGAAACGGUGCACGGCAAGUGCAAGGUCAAGUACAUCGUCUCCCACGACAGGGGCAACCAGACCGUGCGCAAGUUCACGGACCACAAGGGGUGCGUGGCGUGGACGCAGGAGAACUGGAGCAACAUGGCGCCCCUGUGUCCGUCCAGCCCGCAGGCGCAACAGGUGCAGUCGCCCCUGACGUCGCACAGCGAGGCGGUGUACACGCUGUCGCCGGCCGGGGAGGGCGGACGGCGCGACCUGGUGCACGUCAAGUCCAGCGGCAUCCUGCUGCUGCAGCCCUUCCAGUCCAACGCCGAGAUGCAGUACAUGCAGGCCACGCAGACGCUGACGCUGCUGAAGAUCGGCGCCGUGACGCAGCCCAUCGAGCGCAGUGGCGCCACGCGGCCGUCCAGCCUGGCCUACGUGCACGCCGUGCACCAGCCCCUCGCCAAGGCCGCCGCGGAGGAGGCGAGCGCCAAGGUGAUGGGGCUCCUCGAGCGCAUGGCGCAGCAGCUCGGCCAGUCCAACGUGGUCCCGGACCCCGACAGGCUGCACGAGCAGACGGCCGUCCAGCUGCUGGAGAUCCUGGUCGGCCUGGACUACGCCACGCUCGACCAGCUCCACGGCUCCGUCAUGGUGGGCACCAGCUACGAGCAGGAGACUAUGGGGAAUCUUUUCCUGGAGCUGCUGCCUCAAGUCGGCACUCGCGACGCCGUCCUCCUGACGAUAAACCUCGUCAAGGACAGGAAAGUGACCGAUUGGACGGCCAUCCACUUGCUGAUGGCACUUCCCUUCUACCUGCGGCAGCAUUCCCUGGCGCAGCAUAGCCCCGAAGAAAUGUUGCAGGCUUGUGAGGCAAUGCUCUCUAUUGAGGAUGUGAGUAAUGAUGUUAGGAAAACAGCUGUUCUCACUUUUGCAUCCCUGGUGAAGAAAAUGUGCAAUGGACGAUGCAGGGCAGAGACAAUUGAAAAAUAUAUAAGAAUAUACGUAGACAAAUUCACAGAAAGCACAUCCUAUGAGCAGCAAAUGUUAUAUUUGGAGGGUCUUAGCAACAUGGAAAUGCCUCAAGUUGUGAAUUUUCUUGAGCCUGUAAUUCAAGGAAAUGUCACAGACCUUUCCAGGCAUUCUUCCCACCAUAUACGGUUCCUUGCUGUAUGGGCUACCAUGAGCACUGCACCUCAUGCCCCAGCCAGGGUUUAUAAUCUAUAUUGGCCCAUCUUAACAAACUCUUCAGAGCAUUUGGAAAUGAGAGUGGCAGCUCUGACUAUGCUGAUGGCGUCCGUUGAUAGUCCAGCAAGAUACUGGUCAUUGUAUUGGUACAUCAGAGGUCAGACUAAUAACCACUUGUACAAUUUCUUCUAUACUACUCUUCAUUCUUUAGCACAAACAAAAUACCCCUGCUUUUCACACCUUGCACAGGCUGCAUCACAAUUAGUUCGAGUUGUGCCUGAACCAGAGGAUCGUACGUGGCCAACGGGAAACUACAUAACUGAUUACGAGCAUCAAUCCCUGGGAGUAGGAGGAUUCCUGCAACUUUUCAUGGUGGGAAGUGAACGUACAUUCCAGCCAACAGUGAUCUACCUAACAUUUGGCAAACAUGCAUCUCAACGCAAACUGGCAGAUGUUUCUGUGUAUCUGAAACUUCAAGGAGUCAGUGAAACCUUUCAAGCAGCUGUCAUGAAAACAGACUUUUCAAAUAUGAAAAUUCCACAACUUCUGGAGCUGCUGCUCUCAUUAAAAGUGCAUCCAAAGUAUCCUGAGCCUAUACACAUCGAGUUUUUACUGAAAAGGGAGGGGCGCGUGAUUCUAUGUUACCAUUUGAACAACACUGUCCACAGCUUAGGCACAUUGAGGGACAAAAUCACAACUUUCUUCAGCCGGUUCCAUGUGAAUGCCCAACGACUUUGGUAUCCUGUUCUGUUGGAAAUGACACAACCCACUCUGCUCGGUACUCCAGCUAAUAUUCUAUUGACGUCAUCGGUACUAGCAUCUUUACGAGGUGAUUUCACUCAACAUUCAAUCACCAGAAGUAUUGUAAGACAAAACAGACUUGAUGUGAGAUUAUCAGUGAGUGUGGACACAGCAUUAAAAUCUUUCAAUCCUCUUAGUGAUGUUUGGCAUGGAGUUGAUCGAUCUCUCGGAUUCCACGGGCAAAUUCCUUUCAUGUGCAACAUUUCUCUGGACACCAACGUUCAUGUCAGCCUUGGCCCUUUAAAUGAUACUCUUGGGUCGGUUGGACAUUUGCGUAGUGGUGUAUUUGUUCAAGGUCUAGCAGCUGAGAAUGCUUUGUUUCAUCACUGCAGAAAAUGCUUGUUGUACCAUAAAGUCGGUGCUUAUCAAGAUAAUCCCAAAACUCGAGAUGUGGUAGACUUGACUAUUGAGGAUGUAGGUGCAAAACUACAGGUCUCGUUGUUUGAUUGUGACCGUCCUUAUAGCACUUUGGACUACAUCAAACUUGGGGCUGGUCUUCUGGACCCUCACACUAACAACUACCAAAUGGUUCCUGGUGGCUUACCUCUCCUGGGCCUCAUUCACCUUGCUGAUGUAGCAUUAAUUCAGGCCCCGCGGGGCUCUUGCGGAGUCAUUUCAACCCUACGAACAGUUGGAAGUAGCAACACUGAGUUGGAUCUGGCAGUCAGAGCAUCCACAGACGUCAUCCCUGGGGAACCGACUGAACCACUCCCAGGGGGAAAACAAAAAAUUCAUGUGACAUUAAGCCAUAGAGAACGAGGUCAAGAAGUGCCUUUGCAUCAAAUUGAAGUUAAUGCAAUUCAUGAAAGGUUGGCUGGACAUGCUAAACAUGAUCUGAAAUUGAAGUUAACUCGUAUUGUGAACGGAACAAGGGUAUCUAUGAUGUGCCUGGAUGCAGAUUGGAAUAUGCCACCAUGGCAUCCAGACCUCAUUCCACUCUCAGACACCAUUACAGGAAACCUGAACACAGUCUGGGGCAACAGUGGAAUGUAUUGCCCCAGAGGUGCCUCCUCACUCAGCCUCAAGGCAAAGGCUGAAGCGACAAUGGAACAGCUUGCCUUGGCAACUAGCGCUGCAACAUGGCCCUAUAACCAAUGCAAGAAAGACAGCCUAAACAGGGAGGAAUGGGGUGAAACUUUCACUCCCUUCACACCAGCAUGUCAGGAAGAGGCAAGGCAACUCGCUACGCUUCGAAAGUAUACGGCCACAUUGAAAUAUGAAAAGCUUCCGCAAAAGUUGGUUUCUCUUUCACAAAGAUUAGCUGGGGUUCUGGAACUUCUGCACCCGCUGAACAAAGAAGAUGCUCGCCAAGAAUUGACAGCAAUUGUAGAAUUCCCAGUAAAAGAACCUGUGGUUAACAUUUCACUUAAUUCACGUGAUUUAUCAUGGGACUACUCAUCUCUUGGAUUUGCUCCCUUGCUAUACAAUGCCAGGUUCCCUAGACCAAACACAAACUUGGGUCUUGUCAGCUCAUGCAUUGUCACAACAGCUAGGGUAAUUUCUUGGGACAAUGCUACAGUUACCCACCCUCUUUCACCCUGCUACACCCUUGCUGCUGCAGAUUGCACAAGAAACCCAAAGUUUGCGCUGUUCAUGAAGAAAGUGAAGGGACCCAAGCCAUUGGCGGUCAAGCUGUACACCGGCGGAAAUUAUGUUGAGCUCAUCCCUGAUGAACAGGGCAAAAUCAACAUAAACAUAAAUGGCAAGCCUGUUACCAAUGCAGUUCAUGGUUUCUCUUUCCCUAUGCAAGAUACAUACUAUUAUUUCAAAGUGUGGGAAAAGCCUGGCGGUUUAUAUGAAGUCGAUUCAAAGAGUUCUGUUGGGUGGCUCCAGUACUAUGGUCACUCAGCUCUUUUCAUGCUUGGCCCUGGUCUCUACUCAGGAAAUACUUGUGGUCUCUGUGGUGAUCUCAACAGUAAUGCUGCAAACGACUUCAACGAACCUCUGUAUGUUGAGCAGUGCAAUGCAAGCUAGAAGAGAAUGGACAUUAUAGAAAUUCAUUGAGAUCUGUACCGUAUGCCUGUUGUUCAUGGUACAGAUGUAUGACUCUGAUCUGUAAAGGAUCAUUUGUCUGAAGUAUUGAGAAAAGCUUAGGGUGUGCUACACCAUGAUAGUGACUCCAACAUGUGUGUAUUGUACUGACUAACUCAAUGCUUAUUUCUGAAAGUAAUUGGACCAUCACAAACCAGUGGCAGUGAUUUUGUGUUAUCAAUGACCCAAAGAAAGAGUUAUAACAUUUAAUAGGUUGCUGUAAAAUUACAGCAUACAUAACAUUCUAUAACAGUUCUUCAGGAGAUUAAUUCAGUUUCACCUGUCAAUGACAGGGACCAUAUAUGUACAAAUAAAAAUAAGAUCACAAUAGCAGCUGUGCCUCCAAAAGCUCAACUCAACAAAUAGAAUAACUGUCUAAUAAACCAAUAUUGGACACAUCAGCAAGGAAACGUGAUGUAUCACUUGCACACUUCAUGAAUGGACUUACUGAAGCAGCUAUUAACAUUUAAGAAAGAACUUGUAGAUACUAUGCACUUAAAAGUUCAUUCCACACAUUAUUUCAGUGGAAUCAUAUUUGUAAUUUGUAUUUAAUUUUUAAAUAAACAAAGUAAAUGUUA